CUACUCUUGGUACAGCACAGCAGUCACUCCACAGUACACAGCUUGCUGGUUUAAAAGCCUCAGAAUUAGUCUGAAGAUCACACGAGUCAGUAAGAAACUAAUGGAGGUCGACGUAGCAGCAACGGCACUCGUAGGUGGUGUGGCUUCUCCAUCACCGUGGAGCCUGCUGCUCUCCGGUCUCGCUGCCCUGCUCGUCCUGUGGGCAGCCUCCCUGGCCGCGGAGCGAUGCUGGCUGAGGCCGCGGCGGCUCGGCCGGGCGCUACAAGCGCAGGGGCUCCGCGGCACCGCGUACCUUUUCCCGACCGGUGAUCUCACGGAGAACGGCAGGCUCCACGAGGAGGCGCGGUCCAGGCCCAUGCCGUGGUGCCACGACAUAGCGCCCCGCGUGGUACCACACCUCCACCACGCUGUCAGGGAGCACGGUAACAUUUGCAUUACAUGGUUUGGCCCAAUUCCGAAGGUGAUCAUCACAGAGCCGGAGCUAGUGAGAGAAAUCCUAUCAAACAAGUCUGGCCACAUCGAGAAGUUCACGAACAAACGUCUGAUGAAGCUGAUAGCCCUUGGGAUUGCAAGCUAUGACGGGGAUAAAUGGGCGAAGCAUCGGAGGAUUCUGAACCCUGCUUUCCAUCUGGAAAAGCUCAAGGGCAUGUUGCCGGCUUUCGUGACGUGCUGCACCGAGCUAAUUGGCAGCUGGGAGAGUAAACUAGCUAUUUCAAAUGGAUCACAAGAAAUAGACAUCUGGCAGGAGUUCCAAAACCUCAGCGGAGACGUGAUCUCACGCACAGCGUUCGGAAGCAGCUUCAUGGAAGGACGAAGGAUCUUCCAGCUUCAGGCAGAGCAAGCCGUGCGAGUAAUGAAAGCCUUCCAAUGUAUUUACAUCCCAGGCUAUUUGCUCUUUCCUACGGAAAACAACAGGAGGAUGAAGGAAAUCAACCAGGAAAUUGAAGGACUAUUGAGAGGAAUCAUCAAGAAGAGGGAGCGCGCAAUCGAGAGCGAUGGGCACGGACACGAUUUGCUUGGUUUAAUGCUGGAGUCGAACAUGGCUAUUGGAACAUCUAGCUCGAGGAUGAGCACAGAGGAAGUGAUUGAGGAGUGCAAGCUCUUCUACUUUGCAGGGAUGGAGACUACAUCAGUGUUGCUCACAUGGACAUUCAUUGUGCUUGGCAUGCACCCUGAGUGGCAGGAUGAAGCGAGGGAGGAGGUCCUAAGUGUGUUUGGCAAGGGCAAGCCCAGCUUCAAUGGUCUUAAUCGAUUGAAAACGGUGACGAUGAUACUGUAUGAGGUGCUCAGGUUGUAUCCACCAGCAGUUACGUUGAACCGAAAGACAUCCAAAGAAAUGCAGAUAGGAGGCAUCACAUAUCCUAAAGGGGUAGUCUUUGAGUUGCCUGUAAUAUUGGUACACCACAACCCCAACAUAUGGGGAAAAGAUGCGUUGGAGUUCAAGCCUCAAAGGUUUGCCCAGGGGAUUUCCAAGGCAACCAAUGAUAGACCAGUGUUCUUUCCAUUCGGUUCGGGGCCAAGGAUUUGCAUUGGUCAGAACUUCGCUCUGCUUGAGGCUAAGAUGGUUCUUUGCAUGGUCCUUCGGCGUUUCGAGUUUCAACUCUCACCAUCCUAUGCCCAUGCACCAUUCAACGUUAUGGCACUAAAUCCUCAGUAUGGUGCACAAAUUAUAAUCAAGACUCUCGGAUGAUUACACCAUCUGGAAUCUCUGUGGACCUCUCAUGGGGUAUGUAGUAUUUUUUUUUUCAAAUUGAUAGGUGAAUAAAUUACAGAAGGGCGAUAUAAAUUUCUAGAUCAAGCGAGAGUGCUUGUAUUGACUUGUAUAAAUUUAUCAUUGGAAAUUAAAUUAGGGUUUGGUUAUUGGUUCUA